AUGAUUUCGCUCCUAGACCUACCUGUUGAAAUCGUGCUGCUUAUAAUCGACUGCCUCUUCUCCCAAUUCGACGCAACGGAACCAGACAACAGUGACGCUUCUAUCGCAACCCAAAAAGACUUAAACGCACUCUCACAAACAAACAAAUGGCUCCAUGACAAGUUGGAGACCCUCUUGUACAAGUUCAAUGCACAACAUUGUGGCCAGACAUCGUUGGCAUUUGGCGCCUUCCGUGGCUAUGACACUGUUGUUCAGAAGUCUCUGGCAGUAGACAAGUCAAAUAUAAUGAGAGAUUUGAGGUUUCCAACACACAACUGUCAAAUCUUCCACUCUCCACUUUGCUGGGCAGUCCAGGGGGGUCACGUCUUUAUGAUCGAUACACUUGUUCAAUCUGGCGCUGAUAUUCAUGGGGAAUGUGUCCAUGAUCGCUGCAAUGCGCAGCUCCUUAGCCAGGCUGCAAGGAAUGGGCAUCUGGAUGUGAUGAAAGACCUUGUAAGAAGAGGUCUCCGUCCAGAAAUCAUGUGGGAAACCAACUUCUCAAAUCUGUUGAAUGAGGAUGAACCUGGGCGCAAAGCCACUCUCCGCCUGGCUGCUGAGGGUGGCCAUAUCCCGUGUGUUGAUUAUACUCUUGCUAUGGAAGAGUAUGAUAAUCUCACUUGCAGACAAUACAUGCACAGAAUAGCGCUGAUUGUGCCUGCGACAGUGGCAAAUGGUCAUAUAGAGUGUGCCCUGUUUUUGCUGAGCCGCAGUGGUAUCCUAGAAAGAACUGGGUUCUGUAACUGUGGAGCCAAGCCUGCCAGGUCUCUAGUGUCCGAUCUUCCCAAACUGACCGCGGUAUUGGAAGACCCAUAUGUGAUGGAGAAAUAUGGCCCUAUGCUUCUUUACCUCGGAGCCGCGACCGGUUGUCCCCCCUUAUUUGAAGAGAUGGUUCGAUUGGGUGUCCAUAUUGAUACAAGAUUCCGCGGGGGAAACACGCCGCUCUGCCUUGCCGUAAUAGAAUCACGAACACCCGAAGAAAUAAAGAAAUUGUUGAAGCUAGGCGCCGGGAUUAACGUGGGGAACUCGCAGAAUCAGACACCACUUUAUCUUGCAACCCUACUUCGGCUCAAAGGAGUCAUGAAAAUGCUCCUAGAUGAAGGUGCCGAUACCGAAGUGCGCGGGAAUCGAUCGAGGCUUGUUCAAACACCCUUGUGCCUCGCUGUUGGCGAUUUCGGGAAUCCCACGUCAAAUACCAACUAUUCAAGACGCGCUACACCCUCACCCAGUAAUGAGAUUGUGUCAUUGUUGCUGGAAAGUGGUGCCAACCCCAACCACGCCGAUCCUGAGUUUGGGAUAACUCCUCUCUGGCUUGCUGUUCGGGGCCACCGCACAUUUCAGCCGUUUAGUAGGGAUGACCUUGUGCGGUUGCUUCUUGAGAAUGGCGCAGAUCCAAAACUAGCAUCACGAAAUCAGUCAAUCUUGUUCUGGGCUAUAUCGCGCUGCCAUUACAAUACGAUUAAGAUGCUCCUUGACUGCGGUGCCAACCCCAAUGAGUAUGCGGGUAGUUUCGAUGGCUCAAAAACCCACUGCUCGAGAAAGCAACUUUCGCCUCUAGCCAAGGCUAUGAAGUUGAAACACUAUGACAUAGCUGAGCUUUUGCUUGAUUAUGGUGCAGACCCUCUUGUCUCGUAUUGGAGGAAGGAAACGUCAUUGGUUAAAGCGACCAAGUCCUUGAAUUGUUCGUUCAUCGGGAAGAUGAUUGCCACUGGCCUGGAUGUGAAUGAGUCUGUGAUGGGCCACACACCUCUUCAUAUGGCUGUCUGGAAAGGUAACGUUGAAGUGGCGGAACUACUGCUUCGGCGUGGAGCAGAUCCGAAUAUCAAGGUUGGGGGAACCACAUGGUAUUCAACAAGUUCAAUUCUGUGGUGGGCUUCGAAUUCUCCGAGUUUCUAUCCUGUUGAAGCUAUGGUAGAGUUGCUAUGUGCGUAUGGCGCCAGGGAGCUAUAUGAUACUAGCAGAUGGUACGCCCCGCGGUUUAUUCCUCCGGUCUCAGGAUACUUAUAG